AUUCAUUCAUAAGUCAUUCAACUCAAAGACAGUUCUUUUCUUAGGCUGCCAGGCACAAUAAAUAAUGUUGCUGAGGCCUUUGUGUCCACACAGAUUCAUUCUUUCGCCUCGGGUAGGAGGAACUUGAGGCAUUUGAACUGAAUUCCAGUCUUGUUACCCUCAAUAAGGGCCACCAUUGUAUGUAAAUGGCUUAUAAAGGAGCAUAUGACUUCUAUGGUGCAGGGCAGCGGCUAGUGUUGAGGAAAAUAUUUGCAUUUCCAAAUGGCAUGGUCUUCUUCACUGAGCCAUUUAGUGCAUUGUUUCAACCCUUUUCCGGACAUAUUUGUGUACCACCACUGCUGAAGGUGACAGCAUGUGGCAAUAGAGCAUCGCCCAUGCUCUUUUAUUCAACUCCAGGGCACACACAAAUUGCACAAAGUGUCCAAAUGCCCAAAGUGUCCAAAUGUCAAGACUGCACCUGAUGGUCGAUAUAUUUGGACCUGGCAAGGCUUAUGCUGCUUACACCACGGGCUGAGCUGACCUGGAAUCAAAAAUGAAUUGGGCGUCUUUUUACGCCGUAAUCAGCGGUGUAAAUAGGCAUUCAACAGGCAUUGGCCGCAUCUGGCUCUCUGUCAUCUUCAUCUUUCGCAUUCUGGUUUUAGUAGUGGCUGCCGAAAGUGUGUGGGGUGAUGAGAAGUCCGGCUUCACCUGCAACACCCAGCAGCCUGGUUGCAACAGUGUAUGUUAUGACCAGUUCUUCCCAAUCUCUCAUAUCCGUCUCUGGGCCCUGCAACUGAUUCUUGUCUCGACGCCAGCACUGCUCGUAGCUAUGCACGUUGCUCAUCGCCGGCACAUUGACAAAAAGAUCCUCAAACUAUCAGGACGAGCUGGCACUAAGGAGUUUGAACAAUUAAAGAAUCAGAAAUUCAAGAUCACCGGUGCACUUUGGUGGACAUAUAUGACGAGCAUCAUUUUCCGCAUCAUUUUCGAGGUGGUUUUCUUGUACAUAUUUUAUGUCAUCUACCCUGAUUUCAAAAUGGUGCGUCUUGUUAAGUGUGAUUCUUAUCCCUGCCCUAACACGGUGGACUGCUUUGUUUCUCGUCCAACAGAGAAGACCAUCUUUACUGUUUUCAUGCUGGUGGUAUCUGGCGUUUGUGUUUUGCUAAACAUUGCAGAGGUGCUGUAUUUGAUAGGUAGAGCAUGUGCCCGCUACUUUCAGAAACCAGAAGGGGAUCCCCAAGGACCUUGGCUCACUCAAAUGCUGUCCCCUUACAAGCAAAAUGAAAUCAAUCAGCUCAUAUCAGAGCAUUCAUUUAAGCCCAGAUUGAAUUUGGCCAGAAAGAGCCCUACUGACAAGGGGGAGAGAUGUUCUGCCUUUUAGCUGCUGCCAUCUGGGAGGUUUCACUAAUCAUUGCUAACUAACUUGGAGUUUCAGUAAUUAUGACCAGUGACAACUUUAUUCAUUUAUUGUGUUAAUGUUAAAUUAUUUAAAAAAAUAAACAAAAUGUGGAUUUUUUUUUGCAUUUUUUUUUAAUGAGAAGCAAUUAAAAAAAUCACAAUGGUGAAUGGCAACAUCUGGAUAUAUUCUCCUAAUCCUUGGUCUAAGAAUGUGGGGGUUUAGAAGAACAACAGAAGAAGUAAAGGCCUAAUAUUGAUUCAAUUUGUUGUCUUCCCUAGGAGAUUUUUUUAGUUAAUUCUUCUGACUGUAAUAUGUUACAGUUAAUAUGUUAAAAGCACCCGUACUUAUUUAAUAUUAUGUAUAAAAGCUUGAAAUAGGGUUGAAAAAUAAAUAAAUAAAUAAAAAGCAAUCCAGCCCAGAUGAAGUUUUAAAUAUAAUAAUUGUUUUAUAUAUAUAUAUAAAUUUAAUGUAAAGUGAUAUCGGAUAAACAGCGAGGUUAUUGUGUUUGUUCAGUGUUUGCAUAAUGUAACUUGAUGUUCAGAGAUUUUCUAUUUUGUAGAUUAACAUCCUGGCUCAACAGAACAUAUAUUUUAAUAGGACCUUGCUUACUGCCUUUACUGCAGUCAAAAAUAAAUAAAUAAAUAAAUAAAAUAUAUUAAUUCUUU